AUGGGAAGGGACCAGAGAAUUACUAUAAACGAAAUUUCAUUGGUUAUAUUUAUUUAUUGUAUUUUUGUUAAUGACUUACUGUGUCUUUUAAUCCUAUCUAAUAAUAGAGUGUGUUCUUAUCAUUUAGUUCAUUUCAGUUGUGACUAUGCUAGAAUGUGGUCGUUAAUUUUUUUAUUUAUUUUUUCUGUGACAGCAGAGGAUUCUAAGACUGUAAAGUUGGAUUCAGGAUGGGUGGAGGGAAAGAAGUAUUGGAAUGGGGAUUAUUAUGAAUUCUAUGGAAUCCCAUACGCAUCUGUGCCAACUGGUAGAGAUCGGUUUAAGGCUCCCUUGCCUGUAACACCUUGGGAAAAUGUACUUUCCGCCAGUGACACCAAUAAGCGCUGUAAGCAGUGCUAUCACACUGAUGCUUCUGAUGAAGACGUUGUACUUGAUGGAGACGAGGACUGUCUCGUUAUAAAUGUCAUCACUCCAUUAAUAGCCAGUGAAACGAAUCCGGUACCCGUUCUAGUUUACAUUCACAGUGGAGCAUUCUCAGGUGGUACUGGAAAUAUGGCCAAAUUUACUUACUUAGCAAGGCACGACAUCAUUGUUGUAAGCUUCAAUUACAGAGUAGGAGCUAUCGGUUUCGCCUGUUUAGGUAAUGAGGAAAUACCUGGUAAUGCUGCGUUAAAAGAUCAAGUUGCCGCUUUGCGUUGGAUAAAAAGGAACAUAAAUAAGUUUGGAGGAGACCCCGAUAAGAUAACUUUAGCAGGAUUCAGUGUGGGUGCAUCUAUGGCAGAACUUCUUGCGCUGUCAAAGGCUUCGGAUGGAUUAAUAAAUCGUUUAAUAUUAGAAAGUGGUAGUGCGCUAGCCCCUUUUACAAUUAACCGAGAUCCAGUAAGUACUGCAUGGAAUAUAGCACAAGCAAUGGGUUACAAUGGUACUGCAAAUAUAGACGAGUUAACUGAAUUUUAUCUUAAUGCUAAUAUUAAAGAUUUAGCGCUCAAGAGUUUAAACUAUUUCCUACCAAAUAGUACAUUUGGUUUUGCGCCAUGCAUUGAAAGAGACCAAGGGCUUGAAAGGAUUGUAACUGAAUCGCCACUCGAUACUUUAAGAAAAGGAGAAUUCAAGAAAAUACCAGUUUUAACUGGUUUCUCUAAUAUGGAAGGUUUGAGUCGAUCAAUUAAGUUUGGAACAUGGAGAGAAGAAAUGAAUGAAAAUUUUGCUGAUUUCUUACCAGCUGAUUUAAAAUUUAAGACUGAGGAUGAAAAGAAUGAAGUUAUAAAUAAAAUUAAAAAGUAUUACUUUAAUGACAAGGUAAUUAAUCACGAAAGUCUUAAGAACUAUAUAGAUUACUUUUCAGAUGUUAUGUUCAAGUAUUCUAUCAUGAAAUCAGCUCAACUACACUCUUCUAUGUCUAAUAACCCUGUGUAUUUAUAUGAAUUUUCAUAUGUUGGAAAACUAAAUAUUCAACACAAUUAUAUGGAUAGAAUAAAAGGUGCGAGUCAUAGAGAUCAAACUGCGUAUAUCUUAGAUUUUUACGGUUUUACAAAUAAUUACAAAGACUUAACAACAAGAGAUAGAAUGACAACAAUGUGGACUGACUUCGCUCAAUAUGGAAACCCUACUGAAUAUGAAAGCGCACUACUUACUGUGAAGUGGCCAUCUUAUACAGAAAAAUCACCAAUGUAUUUAGAGAUCAACAAAAAUUUGCAAGUGAAAAAAGGACUUUUUACUGAAGGAUUUAAGUUUUGGGACCAAAUUUAUAAUAAAUAUCAUUGGAAUCCCCAACCAGUAAAUCCAGAAAUAAUACUACCUAGAAAAGACCAAAUUACAGCUGAAGUCCUAAAAGCAGAAACUAAAAAACAAUCACUUCCACCUCUAAAAGAAAGUAACAACGAUGAACAAGAUAAAAAAGGAAAGCAACUAAUUUCUGAUAAUAUUGAAAACACAACAGUUAACUCAAGUAAGGGACAAUCUAAAAAUAAAGAAAAGGAACAAAAUACUUCAGGUGAAAACAAAAUGGAUAAACAGCCCACACUUAAAAGUACUACAAUUAAAACCAAAAGAGGAAAAGAUGGUAAAAUUGUUAAAGAGGUUAUAACUGAGACUAAUCAAAACACUGAAAAAGCUGAAGAUGAUACUAAAGAUACGAAAGAUAUUAAAGAAAAUCCUCAAAAUGAGAAAUUAAAAACUGACGAAAAUAUCGAAAAUCAGUCAAAAUUGAAAAAAACUACAACUAAAAUUAAAAGAGGAAAAGACGGAAAACUUGUUAAAAAAGUUAUAACUGAGACUUAUCAAAACGGUAAUAAAGUUCAAACUGAGACUGAAACUAAGAACACAAAAGAUAAUAAAUAAAAUCCAUAAAAUAACAAAUAAAAGAUAGACGAUAAUGUAAAAGAAAAUCAAGAAGAUAAAAACUAAAACAAAGGGAAAAGAGAACGCCAAAAAAACACAACAGUAACGGUUGCAGCUGUUGUAUAACAUUACAAUAGUUUUAAAUGUUGUGUAAGUACUAAAACUUCGUAUUAAAUUUAUUUAAACGAAUUAAAUAAUAAA